CUCAUUUCCAUAACUGGUAGCUCUGAUUAUAGCUAACUUAAGCAUCGGAGUGUUUACCCCGAGAACCAACCUCGAGGCCUUGCAGGAUAGCCGAAGUGAAGACUUAAGAUCCGAAGUACCUCCCAGUUCUCUGCAACUACAUUGGCGUCGUCUGUGGGAAACCGAGCUAAAAGCCUUUGCUAGUGGCUGUUACAAUGGCUAACGCGCGCUCAACGCACCACAGAAGUCCUCAACAAGGGCACGGAAGAGAUCAGUUCCUCAGCGGGAACUCCACACCUCACCCCGUAUCACCUCCUCCAGCCCAGCACCAGCACAUAGAAGGGACCGGGGAAAAUAAUCCAAACUCAGUAGGAAUCCCGAACGACCCCAUAGCCACCCAACUUAAUGCCAUGCAACAAUCUUCCCAACCAACCGCACUUAGAACCAAUGGUGCCCGACAACCGAAGUCCCCAAAUCCCGGCUCAUUUGAGACAUAUGAUGGUACCAAGGACCCUGAUAAUCACUUGCACGCAUUCUAUUCCGUAAUGCAAGCUCAAAAUGCCUCAGACGCCUUGAUGUGCAAAAUAUUCCCUUCUACCCUGCGUGGAAACGCGUGGACUUGGUAUUACAGUUUGCUGCCGAACUCGAUCAGUUCUUACGCCAAGCUGGCGGCAUCCUUUGCCACGAAGUUUUCCAGUCGCCGGCUGAUCAAGAAAACAACAUCCGAGCUCAUGCGGGUGGCCCAAAGAGAAGGUGAAUCCUUAAAGAACUACAUGAACAGAUUUAAUGAUGCAGUGCUGGAAAUCGGCUCAUUUAGCCAAGCUGUCGGGUUAGCUGCACUAACCCAGGGCCUCAAGCAUGAGAGGUUUCGAGAUAGCCUCAUAAAGCAUGCCCCUUCCACAUUUGAUGAAACCAAUGAAAGAUCCUGGAAAUUUAUCCAAGCCGAGGAAUAUGCUUUGUCUGGCAAACCAGCUCCAAGUAAAGAGGUCAGACCUCUGAUCUGGAGAGAUGAAGGACAGAACAAGAAAAGAUUUAAAUCUACACAAUACCAGGGCCCCUUCCCACCUAAGCUGGACAGACCUCCGGUACCUACCCCGCCGCCUAUGGCAAAGCAAGUUGCUUGGACUCCGUUUAACCUGCAAGAUCAGAGCAGAUAUUGUGAUUUCCACCAGGAUCACUGGCACACCACGGAGGAAUGCAACAGCUUGAAGUCCGAGCUUGAGGGUUUAGUUCGGAAAGGGUUGCUAAGUGAGUACGUCUCCAACAAGGACCAGCUCAAGUUUGUCUGGGAACAGGGACGACCUCAAUCAUCUCGAGAUGCAAACAACCGAAUUGAAGUUGGAUAUCAACAAGCACCACCUCCACUCCCUCCGCCCUCACGCAUCAUUCACAUGAUAACAGGAGGGCUGGAAGCCGGAGGGACAAGCUUAAAGCAGCAGAAGCUGUAUGUGCGCGAGGUGAAGCAUCCAAACCGGGCUCAAAAAAGAAAAUUUGACGAGACAGACUGGAAGAACCAACCCAUAACAUUCAGUUUCGUUGAUUUUGAUGGUGUUGUCACACCACACAAUGAUCCGUUGGUCACCUCGGUCAUGGUCAAUAAUUGCGAAGUUCAGCGCGUCCUUGUAGACACAGAAAGUGCUCCGAACAUCAUGUACUAUCAUUGCUUCGAAAGCCUUGGCCUCGACCCCGCCUUUCUACAGAAGUAUGACAGCCCCAUCUACGGCUUCAACAAUCAGCCAGUGCCUGUGGAAGGAAUCCUCAAACUUAAUAUAGCAUUUGGCUCAGGUCAAACCUAUGUAACCCCUUCAGUCCAGUUUUUGGUAGUAAAGAUGGCGUCAUCCUUUAACAUCGUCAUCGGAAGGCCAACCCUGACUGAAAUUAGGGCAGUUGUCUCACCAUCCCACCUCUGCAUGAAAUUUCCCACCCCCACGGGCUUGGCGACAUUGAGGGGAAAUCAAGAGAUAGCCCGGCAUUGCUACAUGACUUCGGUCUCCCGACCUCAGAAGGACAAACAAGUGGCAAACCCAGAGCCAACUCAACCUGAAGUCCCAACCACACAGCAAGUAAUGGGUGUGGAACUGUUGGAUAACAGACCUGAAGGCGAAGCCAGAGCCACUCUGGCAAAACAAGUGGAAAAGGUGCAGCUUGACGACAAUGAUCCCACUAAAGAGACAAAGAUCGGCACCAAGCUGAGCUCCAAAGACCGGGCAGAGCUCAUUGACUUUCUGAAAUCAAAUAGAGACGUGUUUGCUUGGACCUCAGCUGAUAUGCCAGGCAUACCCACCUCAGUUGCAGUCCACAAGUUAAGCACUCACCCAUUGAAGAAACCCGUGGCCCAGAAAAGACGCCUGUUCGGCGGAGAGCGGUUGGAAACCAUCAAGUCAGAAGUACAGAAACUCCUACAAGUCGGGUUUGUAAGAAGGGUAGACUACUGCAAAUGGGUUGCCAAUCCCGUUCUGGUUAAGAAGUCAAACGGCCAAUGGAGAAUGUGCGUUGACUACACGAAUCUAAAUGACGCCUGCCCCAAGGACUGCCAUCCCCUACCGAGUAUAAAUAGGCUAGUGGAAGCCGCGUUCGGAAAUGAACGACUUAGCCUUUUGGACACUUACUCAGGGUAUCACCAGGUCCACCUGGCCCUUGAAGACGAGGUGAAGACCUCUUUCUACGCAAGCGACGAGAUCUACUGCUAUGUAAUGAUGCCGUUUGGGCUCAAGAAUGCUGGGGCCACAUACCAGAAGAUGGUGACGAUUGUGUUCCGAGCUCAGAUCGGCAGAAAUCUCGAAGUCUAUGUUGACGACAUAAUGGUCAAAAGCCUCAAGGCAGAGGACCACCUAACUAACCUGGAAGAAACAUUUAACAACCUCAGAACACACCGCAUGAGAUUGAACCCAGCCAAGUGUGUCUUUGGUGUUGAAUCCGACAAAUUCCUCGGGUUCAUGGUCUCCAGGAGAGGGAUUGAAGUCAACCCUGAGAAAAUCAAGGCGAUAGACGAGAUGAAGCCCCCGAAGUCAAUUAAGGACAUGCAGCGCCUAGCCGGGAGAAUCGCAGCUCUACACAGGUUUGUAUCGAAGUCUGUAGAAAAAUGCCUGCUGUUCUUCAAAAUCCUGAGAUCCGUUGCCCAUAAAGAUGAGGCAGGGAAGUCCAAGAAGUUUGAGUGGACCUUAGAGUGCCAAACCACCUUCAAUGACCUCAAGUCGUACCUCGGCUCACCGCCCCUGUUAACCAAGGCCGAAGAAGGCAAACUCCUUUACCUCUAUCUCGGAGUCGCUGAUGCGGCAAUUUUGCAGAAACCGGAAUGUUCGGGCAGACUCAUCAAAUGGGCAGUGGAGUUGGGAGAAUUCCAAAUAACAUUCAACCAGAGGUCGUCAAUCCGGGCUCAAGCUUUGGCAGACUUUGUUGUAGAAUGCACAUCAACUCCCGAACCUACUAAUUCUGAGGCCGAGCUAUGGACCCUCUAUGUGGAUGGGUCAUCAAACAGCAGAGGGUCAAGGGCUGGAGCAGUGUUGAUGGGACCAGGAAGCUUCCGAAGUGAGCAUGCCCUGAAAUUUAAUUUCGAAGCAACAAAUAAUAUGGCCGAAUAUGAGGCACUUCUCCUCGGACUUCGCUUAGCAGCUGAGUUAAAGGUCAGAUCUCUGCAAGUUUACAGUGACUCACAACUCAUAGUCAACCAAGUCAACUCUACAUGCGAGGUCACAGAUCCCACCCCUGUCAAGUACUUAGCUGUGGUUCUGAAGCUCAAAAGCCAAUUUGAAAGAUUUCAACUCACCAAAAUCUCGAGGUCCGACAAUGGCCAUGCUGACUCACUAUCAAAGUUAGCUUCCUACUGCUCAAGUGGACUGAGAGGAGAUGAGUUGCGAAAGAAGGCAUCUCGGUACACCUUGGUGGAUGGUACGCUGUAUAAGAGGUCAUACUCGCUCCCCCUUCUUCGCUGUUUAACUCCUUAUGAGGCCGAGUACGCACUUUGUGAGGUGCAUGAGGGCGUAUAUGGGAGUCAUGUCGGAGCUCGGACCCUGGCCCACAAGGUACUUCGGCAGGGAUACUACUGGCCACACAUGCAAGAGGAUGCUAAAAAGCAUGUCCAAAAAUGCCCGAAGUGCCUGUUCUUCGCACAUCUCACCCACCAACCAGCAGAGGAACUCACCACCUUAGUGGUACCAUGGCCCUUUGCACAAUGGGGCAUUGACCUCUUAGGUCCUUUUGUGAAGGGCACAGGGGGCGUAACACACUUAGUCGUAGCAAUCAAUUAUUUCACCAAAUGGGUAGAAGCCCGACCUCUUUCUAGCCUGACCUCGAGAAAGAUUGAAGACUUUGUUUUUAGUUCGGUCAUAUGCAGAUACGGAAUCCCAAACCAAGUUGUGGCCGACAAUGGACCUCAGUUCAACUGCACCUCGUUCAAAGACUUCUGCUCCAGCUAUGGGAUUAAAUUGGUAUUCACCUCUAUUUAUCAUCCUGAGGCAAACGGAAUGGUUGAAUCUGUCAAUAAGGCCAUCCUAGAAGGGAUUAAGCCGAGACUAGAUCAAGUCAAAGCUAAGUGGGCGGACGAGCUUAACAAUAUUCUGUGGGCCUACCGAACUACGAGUCGGAUAGCCACAGGCGAGUCCGACCUCGCACCUUUAGAGUUGGUGACCUCGUCCUCAGAAAGGCAUGACUCACCAGCUUCGAAACUCGCUCCAGCAAGCUUGCGCCCAACUGGGAAGGCCCAUAUGUAGUAGCUGAAAUCCCACACCUCGACGCUUACAUACUUGUAGACGCUGAGGGUAAAAGAAUACCUAGGGUUUGGAAUGUAAAUAAUUUAAAGAAGUUUUAUCUGUAAUAAAACUUCAUUUUAUCC